AUGGAAGCUCCUUCUCCCACUCAAUCUCACUCUGCACCAUUCAUCUACACUUUCAAGCCUCUCAAAGAAGUGGCGGAUAAGCUAGAGAUGGAACCUCACAAUGGACAAUCACCUAGAAAUAAGAGAAAAUCCAAUGAAGCUCAACCCAAAGCCCGUAUAUCUGUGAGACCACAGUGUAUGCAAGCUGCAGAUGGUGGACUUUCCAAUGGCUGUAUAGCUAUUGGAAACAAAAAUUGCCCUUUUCAGUACUGUGUUGGGUGCUGCAGGGCAUACAGUGACACUACCUGUAGUGAACACAGUAUCAGGUCUCUUGCCCCUGCAUUGGUGCAACAACCAAGUCAAGACCCACCGAAGAUAUGUAAUCCAGGUGAUGGUCAAUUCAUCAUGGAACAUCUCUCAGCAAAGUGUUUGCGACCUGUUGGUGGUCUUGUGUUAUUUGAGUCACAUAAGGAAUUGGGCAGAUUAAAGUGCCCUUUUCAGUACGGUAUUGGGCACAACCCGACUUGCCUUGGAUUUGUUAGUGAUGCACCAUGUAUGGCACCACUGCCUGUAGGGUCCAUCCCCACAAUCUCACCCCCGUGCGACCAGGUGGUAAAGGCACAGCAUCAUUCACAACAGAUAAAUGUGGGCUCCUUUUCUCUGUGUUGUGAUGCAAAUCUGAUUACUAGGUCUUCUAGGGUUUUCUGA